AUGCCAACCAGAAUAAAGACAUACAAAAGAACAUUUAUGAGGCAAUUCGACGAAAUUCAUGAGUAAAGCUUUGGUAAAGGCACGAAACCACCUAAACUUGGAUAUCCAGACACUGGAAAUGGUUGGUAUUCAAAGAAACUUCCAUAUAAACAGUGGUAUGAAAUGAAUGUUGCUCAAAGAAUGCACUUGAAUUAUCUUGAAGGAAUUACAUUCGUUAUUUUGGUCUCAAUUAUAGGAGGAAUCAGUUAUCCAAUGGAGGUGUUUUACGCACAAAUUGCUUAUAUUAUUGGGAGAUAACUCUUCGCAGUGGCUUAUUAUAAUAUGGGUCCUAUCUUUAGAGUUCCAGGAGUAAUUGGAUUGUAAUACGGUUAGUGGGCUUGCGCUUACUACAGUAUAAAAACAUGUCUCACUCUUUUAGAAUGA